AUGGAAUCACGUCUCCCGACCUCGAACGCGCCGCGUCUUUCCACUGCUCCGAGCAGCAUCAAACCGCGACAACUGUCACAUCUCCAUGCUCAGCUCGCACAAUUAUCCGCCAACCUUGCGGAUCUGGAGAACCUCCUGCGGAUGACGAGUGUUCAGGCGGAAAGUAUCCGAGGUCUAGGAGCUUGGCAUGGUGGACUAUUCAUGGCAGCGAGUAAAGUGCUUGGAGAGGAAACGAUUGCUGGAUCUGCGGCUGGCCAGGGACAAGGAGAGUCACAGCAGCAGAGAGGACAAAGCGGGAGUGAGACUUGA